AUGAUUCUUUUUCUUCUCAUAGAUCUCCACAAGGACGACUGGGAAAUGACAACACGCGACCUGUUUGCUGAUGUGAUGAUCUUCCUGAAUGCAUACCAGAAAUCAUCUAGAGAAAAUAGAAUAAUUGUCGUUAGUUCAAGACGCGUAAUCUUUGACACACUCAAGGAUGACAUUUCUGAUAUAUACUCCAUAACCACUCUUGGGACAAGAUACAGUGUGAACGACCUUGGAUAUGCACUGUGCUUGCAUAGAAGCAAAGAAUCACAAAUAGUCAUUUUUACACUUAGAGAAGAGCACAAGGACGAAUAUCUGAGAUACAUCAAAUGCAUGUUUGCUGCACAGCGGUUCAGAGUCAAGAUAAAUGCAUUCUCACUGGUGGAGAAUAAAACAAUCCUUCAAUGCUGUGCAUCCACAGGUGGUGAAUAUUUCUCUAAUGAAGCGCAAUGCCUGAGAUCUUUACUGUCUCUGUUAGGAACAAAAAAAUCUCUGCAACCUCUUGAAUUCACAGCCACUUGCUAUUGUCAUGGAAAACAGAUUCUUCUUGGUCUUGUGUGCCCAAUCUGCCUUUCUGUGUUCUGCAAGUUCAUUCCUGUAUGCAAGAAGUGCAAGAGCAAAUUCAGUUUCAUAAAAAUCGAGGAGUAG